GAGGAAGCGUGCGAUGCUCCGCGUUUGAUUCGGACUUCUGGGGUCAGAACUGUGGUUACGCGGUAGAGAGACAACGCUCCGAGAAUUUUCGUCCUUUGCUUUAUACAUUGAUACCCCCCUUUUCAUCCCUCCAGAAUGGCGCAGAACGCCAUUGGCAGGCUCUUCCGCGGCCAGAGUUCCAGUUCUCUGCGUCAAUCCGUCGGCUCUCUGACGCAGAAGCGCAGCUACUCGAGAAAUGCCAUUCCUACCUUCACCCAGACCUCCUCCGCCGACCUGGACGCCGCCCUCAACCGCUUCCGGGAAGAGCUCUUCAUCCCAUUCGGCCUGGGAACCUCGCAAAGAAGGACGAUCUUCCGACAGAAGUACGCCGAUCGAUUAGACGAGGAACCCGUCACCGUCCCCAUCAGCGACACCGAGAACUUCACGCUCCGACCCAUGGACCCGCAAUCGAGGCCGACGAACAAGGAAGCCGUGGACGUGAUCGCCCAGAUGCAGACGACACAGGACUGGCAGAACCUGCUGCCGUUCCUGUCUGGGCUCCGGAUGUCGCAUCGCCGCCUCAACGCCAACCGGUGGGAGUGGGUGGUGCGCAAAGCCGGCCAGGCUGAUGCUCUGGGUAUUGUGCUCGAGUGCGCCAAGCAGGCGGAGCGGACCAACCUGCGACUGACCAACGCCGCAUUCGUCAAGCGUCUGUUUUUCGAAAUUCACCGGAAGGCUCAGGUGGGCGAGUUCCAGGACCCCGCGGUCUCCAAGGCGCUGGCGCUGGCGCAGCAGUUUGCCUCGCUCAUGGAGGCCCCUGAGCACCUCGUACAGGACCCGGCGACGGAUCCUAAGAGAAAGCCGGCGGUGAUCGGUGUCUUGCUGGAGCUCAGUGCCGCUCGGGCCCUGAAUGUGACCGGAGGGAAGGAUGAGACUCGCGAUGUUCGUGCCUAUGCUCAGCGUCUGCUAGGAAGCUGGCAAGCGGGCAACUUCAGCAGCGAGGUUAAGGACUGGGUCAAUGUCGACCACAUGCUGCAGGAAAACGUGCCCAUCUACAACGGCAUGAAGCUUGCUAUGCAGGUUCACGGAAUCUCGAACGACAGGUCGAUUGCCCCCGGUCUGAAGACGCGCAUUAAUGAGCUGGGCAUGUUGAUCGCGAACCAGAAGAAGCUGGCAACCGAGAAGGCCCAGCAGCAGCCUACGAUUGGCCUGGCGCAGAGCCGUCUCUUGCACCAGGAUUAAACGAUUGCUUUAUUUUUACUUCCCCGCAUUGUCUAUGAACUGUACAUUACCACCUAGAAUUCUCGGAGCUGUAUCUUAUCUGAAUUUGAAAAUGGAUGCAAUCUUUCUUUCUGUUGUACUAGAGCAUGUGCGAUAUUCAGUGUUGCCGCCAAAAUAACUAUUUCUGGUCUUU